AUGUUGGGCUUCCUUUGUAUCUACCCCAUGUGCGAUGACCGGCGACGCAACACGAGAACAGACUUGGGUACCGAUCUCCUGUCCUCUCCAGACCCGGUCUUGACAAGAAAUCCGGAUCCCUCGAAAGGAUUGCCCACACCGUCUGAUUACGGGUCAAAGACUGCACAGAGAAUGAUCUCAGAUCUUCCUCCGGAAGCUGGGCAUGUGUCUCUACCGUCGCUUUGUAUUCCGUCGUCCUGUAUCCCGGCCAAGCGAAGUUUUCACGAAAUGGAGUCUGGGAAAAGAGAAUGUUUGGGUGGCUGGCAAUCGUUACCGGCUAUUUCAUAUCCGGGAUCAAUGGUCCAACUAUCCACUUCACUGGAAACUCCAGCAAGCCCGUUUGAGGGUCCGGAAGUCGGAGCCGGCGUUCAGGAUAAGGGAAAUGGUCGACCGAGGUCGCCGGUGCUGGCUCCUGUUCCAGAAAGCUCCAAGGACCACGGAGAAGAAGAACCGAGCCAAUUGAGGGCCGCUUCAAUACUGCCAGCCCUUGAACUUGAGAUUCUGCCUUUUACGGGGAAUCGAUCAGAGUCGGAGUCUGUGCCGGCUUCAAUGGAGUCCACUUCCUCGGCUCCGGCUGUGGAGUCAACCACCUUUGAUCUGACAACUCCAGAAUCUCUACCUCUGAACUCAUUGUCGCCAGACAGUGAUAAUAACGAAGAUGCAUCCUCUGCAGCAUCGACAGCCAAUGACUCCGACUCAGUAUUCGACGAGUCCGAUAGCACAUCCAACUACACGGCUUCAUUGCUCUCCGAUGUGAAAAACUACACAUACGAGAAUGGCAGACGCUAUCAUUCAUACCGCGAGGGCUUGUACGUUCUUCCCAACGAUGAACCAGAGCAAGAUCGACAAGAUCUCCUCCACCAUGUCCGAAACCUCGUUCUAAACGGGCGGCUCUUCAAAGCCCCACUGGAACCCAACAUCCAGCGCGCUCUUGAUAUUGGCACCGGAACCGGCAUCUGGGCUAUAGAUUUUGCAGACAGCUACCCCAGUGCCGAGGUAACAGGAACAGAUCUCAGUCCCAUCCAGCCAUCCUGGGUUCCACCCAAUCUUCGGUUCGUGGUGGACGACGCCGAAUCUCCAUGGCUGUACAGCCCCAGUCGACCUUUUGACUUCAUCCAUGCCCGCGACCUAGGCGGUGCUAUUGCCGACUGGCCGCGGCUGAUGCGACAGAGCUAUGAGCAUCUACGUCCCGGUGGAUGGAUCGAAUUGCAGGAGUUUGAAGUGAUGCUCAAAUCGGACGAUGAUUCGAUUCGUCUUGCGCCAGCCUUGUGUGAGUUUCUAGACCGACUGACUCAGGCUAGUGAGGCGUUUCACCGGCCUAUGAAUAUCGCCGAAGGACAUAGGCAGCGGUUGGUUGAGGCUGGUUUUGAAGAUGUUCGAGAUGAGGUGUACAAGGUUCCGUCGAGUGUUUGGGCUAGGGAUCCCGUGCAAAAGGAAAUUGGUCGGUACAACCAAUGUUCCCUUCUCAUGGCGGUGGAAUCUUACUCGCUGGCUCUAUUCACUCGUGUCCUAGGAUGGUCGAAUAACGAUACCCAGGUUUUCCUAGCUGGAGUGCGCAGAGAUCUCAAAAACCCCGCGGUGCAUACCUACUGCAAUCUACAUGUCGUCUACGGUCGGAAGCCGUCUCAGUAUGAGCCGGUUUAG